AUAUACACUCAACAAUACUUUUAAUAAAUAAAUAAUUGAAAUUAAAAAAUCUGAAAGCAUAUGUUUCCUUGUUUCUCCCCAUCUUUGUGCGUCAUACAUACACCUUACACUGUCUCCGAUCAAUCAGCAUCACAAUUUCCACAUUCUCCCUUUUUUUCUCUCUCCUCUUCAAUGCUCCUUUCUCUCUCUUCACCGUCAAUUCCUCCCUUCCUCCGCCGUCUAUGACCUGACCUCCUCCAUUGUUUCCGGCGACCUCGUCGAGAUCCCACCUCCCUCCCGCCAUUUCUCCUCACCUUCAAUUCACCCCUUCAUUUUCCUUUUUUCCAAACAUUGGAUUUCGACUUGGGUCGUUCAAUUUAUUGUCUAUUUUCGUGUUUUGGUAAGGGUUUCAAAAGUCGGAAUUUAGACGAUUUCUAACUGGAAUUCGAGUCGGUUUACUGUUAGAAUCGAUUUCGGAUUGUUGUUGUUUUGAAUUUGAUUGAGCGGUUAAAUUUAGGUCAUGAUUUUUGAUGAUUACGAAAAUUGGUAGGUGUUUGUUGUCAUUAUUAUUAUUAUUCAAUAAAGUUAACUCCAUUUGACCCUUUAAAUUGAAAGAGUCAAAUUUUGGAGGAAUUAGGUUUUUUUGAUCCUUAUUCUUUGGGAAGUUUGAAUUUGGAGUGACAUUGAACUGGGAAAUUGUUUGACGGGUUUUAUUGCUAUAAAUAAAUUGGGUUUUUGUUUUGUUGUGUUAGAUGUGUUACAGUAUUAUUAAUUUGUGAUCAACAAGAAAAACGAAAUAAGGGAAUUUCUCUGAAUAUGGAAGGGAAGAUUAAGAAAGAUAACGAUGUGAAGAGAUGCGAGGGUUGUAAUCCUGUGAAGAAACCGGGGCCGGUUUCGAUGGAUCAUGUAUUGUUGGCUCUUCAAGAAACUAAGGAUGAAAGGGAGCUCAGGAUUCGUAGUUUGUUCAGUUUUUUUGAUAAAUCGAGUUCCGGGUUUUUGGAUAAUGUUCAGAUUGAGACUGGGUUGUCUGCGCUGCAGAUUCCGUCGGAUUAUAAGUAUGCUAGGGAUCUUUUGCAUGUUUGUGAUGCAAAUAAAGAUGGGCGGGUUGAUUAUGAUGAGUUUCGGAGGUAUAUGGAUGAUAAAGAGCUCGAAUUGUAUCGGAUUUUUCAGACUAUUGAUGUGGAACAUAAUGGGUGUAUCUUGCCGGAAGAGCUCUAUGAUGCACUUCUCAAAGCAGGGAUCGAGAUCAAUGAUGAGGAACUUGCUCUGUUUGUUGAACGUGUGGAUAAGGAUAAUGAUGGUGUUAUAACCUUUGAAGAAUGGCGAGACUUCCUUCUACUUUAUCCUCAUGAAGUAACAAUAGCAAAUAUCUAUCAUUACUGGGAAAGAGUCUGCCUUGUUGAUAUUGGCGAACAAACUGUUAUACCAGAAGGAGUCAGCAAGCAUGUUCAUGCUGGCAGAUAUUUAAUUGCAGGAGGUAUUGCAGGUGCUGCGUCCCGUACCGCUACUGCUCCUCUGGAUCGUUUGAAAGUAGUUUUACAAGUUCAGACAAAGGAUGCUCGUAUUAUGCCAGAAGUAAGGAAAAUAUGGAAAGAAGGGAAAAUUCCUGCAUUUUUUCGAGGUAAUGGAUUAAAUGUUGUGAAAGUGGCACCUGAAAGCGCUAUCAGAUUUUACACAUAUGAAUUGCUUAAAGGAGUCAUUAUGGAUGCUAGAGGAGGAGAAAAGGCCGAUAUUGGUGGUAUGGGCCGCCUUGUUGCUGGUGGUCUAGCCGGCGCUGUUGCACAGACCACAAUUUAUCCAAUUGAUCUUGUAAAGACGCGGUUGCAGACAUUUGAAUGUCUGGAUGGAAAAGUUCCUAGAAUAGGUACAUUAGCAAAAGAUAUAUGGGUGAAAGAAGGGUUACGAGCUUUCUACAAGGGCCUUGUCCCUUCUCUCCUGGGAAUUGUUCCUUAUGCUGGCAUUGAUCUUGCUGCUUAUGAAACACUGAAGGAUUUGGCUAAAAUACACAUUCUCAAAGAUAGUGAACCUGGACCUCUUGUGCAAUUGGGUUGUGGAACUAUAUCAGGUGCUGUGGGAGCAACUUGUGUCUAUCCAUUGCAAGUUGUCAGGACAAGAAUGCAAGCUAGCCAGUCAAAAGCUGGGAUGUCUGAGGUUUUUUGGACCACUUUUCAGAAGGAAAGAUUAAGAGGAUUUUACAAAGGAUUGUUUCCCAACCUUUUAAAAGUGAUUCCGUCUGCAAGUAUUACUUAUCUGGUUUAUGAGGCCAUGAAGAAGCGGCUGGAGCUGGAAUAAGAUAUAGCUUUGCAUGAUGUUUUCCCUUGACAUGGCUAACAAAUCGGUAUGAUAUUGGCAAUACUGAUGCUUCAAUACAUGGAUGACCAAGAAUAAUGGUUCUUAUUGAGUUGAUAUAUGAUUGUUUCAAUUAAAUACAUACGCCAAAGUUCCUUCUAGAUUUCGUGGUAGAAUUGCGUAUUAGUGAUUUGAAUAUCUCCAUGAUCAAUUAAUGUGUCAUCAUGAUCGUUGUAUGAUCAGCAAUAUAAUUGAAACAGCUGAUUACCAAUUUUGUAGUCACUUGAGGAAGUCUGCGUUCAUAAGAACAGCAAGUGUAUUCCAACCCCUUAAAUUUUCACUGCUUUAUAGACAGCUUUUAUGCCUCCUCUUGCAGGCCAUAAUAGUUAAUCUUCAUGCCUUUACUGGUUUGAUUCA